GAAAACUGAAAUGCCCAGUAUAUCCAACAGAACUGGUGUUUGCCUUGGACACCUCUACGACACUCACUCCUGAGACAUUUGAACGAAUGAGAGAGAUUAUAAUAGCAAUAGUGAGUGAUGCCAGAAUCAGAGACAGCAACUGCCCAGUGGGAGCCAGAGUCGCUGUUGUUUCCUACAACUCGGUUACCCACCACCUGAUCCACUUCUCAGAGUUUCACAACAAGAAUAAGCUACUCAACGCACUAAAUAUUUCUUACCAGAGAUCCUCCAGUGAACAGGACACUGGAGGUGUGAUGAGAUUCAUUGCCAAGAAUGUUUUCAAGAGAACUCUACAAGGUCCUACUGUGAGAAAAAUAGCUGUGGGUUUCAGCCAUGGACCAGCUGCAGAUGCAUCUUCUGUUAAACAAGCUGUCCUGGAGAUGAGUGCAGUAGAAGUCGUUCCUGUAGUUACUGCUUUUGAAAACACACCCCAUAUCUCCCAAGCUUUCCUGGUGGAUGAUUCUGGAUUGUUUCAGGUGUUAAAUGUUCGUGGUGCACAAUAUAAUGAAGCGUUACAAAGAUUUCAGCUCUGCACUUUGUGCUAUGACAAAUAUAAACCAGAUGCUUUUUGUGAAGGUCCCAGCCCCCGUUUACUGCGGGCAUAUGUGGAUGCUGCAUUCAUUCUGGAGAGUUCACAGAGAAUGAGUGGUGCUGAAUUUGAGCAAGUCAAAGACUUCAUGAGCAAAGCAGUCACUGCAUUCAACAUUUUCUCGGAUCCAAAAACAUCUGUUGUAGGUGAUAGAAUAGCUGUGGUGAGCCAUGCACUGUCAGAUUUCAAAGCAGGCAUAAGGAAGAGGCCAGUAAAGAAAGAAUUCGACUUUGUUACCUACCGCAGUAAAGACCAAAUGAGAAGAUAUAUUAAAGAAUCUCUUCAACAGCUGAAUGGAGAGGCUACUGUCGGCUAUGCCCUACAAAGGACAAUUGCUAGCAUUUUCGCAGGGGCUCCCAGUCCAAGGCCACUCAAAGUUAUCAUCAUUAUAUCUGCUGGAAAAACGAGUCAAUGGGACAAAGGAACAUUAAAAAAAAGUCCUAUGACAGAAAUGAACUGGAAGAGCUUGCAAGCACUCCUCUGGAACUGCAUUUGGUUCAGCUUGGCAGAAUCCACAAGCCUGAACUUGACUAUGCAAUGA